AUGUUCGCCCAAACGCUUCUCCCGGCCCUCGCCGUGUUCGGUGUCGCUGCUGCCCAAACUGCAACCAUCUGCUCCCAGCCCACCGUCACCGUCAACUCCCAAGCCGAUGCCAGUCUGCUUUCUGGCUGCACGACUGUCGCUGGAAGCAUUGUCCUUGGUAGCACCGCCAGCGGCCAGAUCGCCAUCGAGGGACCACAACAAGUCAGAGGAAACUUGACCUCUCAGAGCGCUGGUGGUCUGGUCAGCUUGACAAGUUCCUCCAUCACCUCGAUCGGCGGAGAGUUCAGACUUUUCAACUUGACCUUCCUCUCAACCCUCCAAUUCGAUGCCUUGACCAGCGUUAAGACCAUCUACUGGGAGGCCCUCCCCGCUCUCCCAUCCUUGUCGUUCUCUGGACCUCUCUCCAAGGCCGACAGUGUCACUAUCAGCAACACCUUCUUGACUACCCUUAGCGGUAUCAAUUUGAACACUGUUGGUACCCUGCAGAUUGACAAUAACAACAACUUGAAGCAAUUCGAUACCCAGAUUGCAAACAUCACCAACGCCGUUAACAUCAAUGCCAAUGGCAACCAGUUGGCUGUCACCUUCCCCAACCUGAUCUGGGCUGCUAAUAUGACCUUCCGAAAUGUCUCUAGCAUCAAGAUUCCUUCCUUGGCAACCGUCAACGGAUCCAUGGGAUUCUACGGAAACUACAUGGAAAGCAUUGCCGCACCAAACUUGACCUCUAUCGGAAGCUUUGCAACUGGUGUUGGAAGUUUGGCCAUUGUCGCCAAUGCCAAGCUCGCCAACAUUACUUUCCCAGCCUUGAAGAGCGUCGGAGGAGCAAACCAAAUCGCCAACAACACUGCUCUGCACGCCAUCGCCUUCCCAGCCUUGACAUCCGUUGCAGGUGCCAUUGAUUUCUCCGGAAACUUCACUACCCCCGAGCUGCCAAAGCUUGAGGAUGUCAAGGGUGGUUUCAACAUCCAAUCUCAACAAGCCAUCACCUGCUCCGGCUUCGAGUCUCAAUCCGGCGGAAAGGGAAGCAUCAUUCAGGGCAAGUUCAUCUGCAAGAGCGCCACCGCUACCACCCAGACCUUGGACGGAUCUUCUUCCACUACCGGUGGCUCCAGCUCUUCUUCUACACCAAAGAGUGAUGCUACCAACUUCGGCUUCAGCCAGGCUGCUGUCGGCAUUUCCUUCUUCGGUGGUCUGUUGCAAAUGAUGUUGUAG